AUGUCCGACAUCCCACUCCGCCCCUCCCUAGAACAAGGCCUCCUCCCAACUCACUCCACAGAACCCGCCAUCUUUCGUCCAUCGACAGUCUACACAUUCGAAUCUUUGAAUUUGACGGAGAAGAUGUGGAUGGGGGCUGCGUUUACGCUCGUCAUGGUUAUUAUGAUUGGUGGAUGUGUUGGGAUCAUGCUCGCUUCUGAUGGGGGUGCGCCCAACUUGAGGUCCCAGAAGCGUCUCGCUGCCGCCGUCUUGAAGUGCGGUGAGCGUAAGAUUUGGCUCGACCCUAACGAGACCACUGAGAUUGGUAACGCCAACUCUCGUGCCAACAUCCGCAAGCUCGUCAAGGAUGGUCUCGUCAUCCGCAAGCCCGCCGUGAUGCACUCCCGCUCCCGCGCUCGCGAGCACGCUGCCUCCAAGCGUGCCGGUCGUCACACCGGUGCCGGUAAGCGCAAGGGUACCGCCGAGGCCCGCAUGCGCACCACCGUCAUCUGGAUGCGCCGCCAGCGUGUCCUCCGCCGUCUCCUCCGCAAGUACCGCGAGUCCGGCAAGAUCGACAAGCACCUCUACCACGAGCUCUACGUCUCUGCCAAGGGUAACACCUUCAAGCACAAGCGUGCGCUCCUUGAGCACAUUCAUAAGGCUAAGGCUGAGGCUCAGCGUGAGAAGGUUUUGGCUGAUCAGGCUGAGGCUCGUCGUGCUGCUGGUAAGGCUGCUCGUGCUCGUCGUGCUGAGCGUGUUGAGCAGAAGCGCAACGCUGCCUUCGAGGCUGCUGCUGAGGAGAAGGCCGAGUAA